AUGUUCCCCUUCGGCGCCCUCUUGCGGCCGCCCGCCUUCCUUGCCACAUACCGCCCGUCGCCGUCUCGCCCACUGGCCGGCGUCUCCCCGUCCGGUCUCCUCCUGCGAUCGCGUAAUCGAAUACCUCCCCUCCCGACAAUACGAAGCCCUCGCGCCGCGCACCCCCACCGAUUCUUCUCCCAAACCCCUCGCCGGCCCGUUCUCCGGCCGCCCACGCCGGGCGGCUACGACCCACGCAACCCGGCGCACCGCGAAGUCCUCCACGAAUACCACCUGCGCACGGCGCGGCCGCUCGUCACCAGGUCGAGCUUCGUGCGGCUCGCCAAGUCGCGCGGCACCCACGCCGUCCUCUUGGCCGCCGUCCUCGCGGCCGUGGGCUUCUACUAUGCCAACCUGCAGACGGUGCCCGUCUCGGGUCGCACGCGCUUCAACUGCUACACCGAGGCUGGGGUCAACCGCAUCUCGGACGAGCAGGUCAAGCGCGUCAUCCACGAGGUCGAGUCGCAGGGCGGGCGAUUCUUGCCCUCGUGGGACCCGCGCUCGCAGAUGGUCGCGCGCGUCAUGCGGCGGCUGAUUCCCGUGUCCGGGCUCGACGGGCAGGAGUGGGAGGUCCGCGUCAUCGACGAUCCGCACACACUCAACGCCUUCGUGCUGCCCGGCGGCAAGGUUUUCGUGCAUAGCGGCAUCCUGCGCGUGACGCGUAACGAAGACGGGCUGGCGGCCGUUCUAGGCCACGAGAUCGCACACAACCUCGCGCAGCACGUCGGUGAGCGCAUGAGCUCGUCAAUCCUGUCCAACAUCCUGCUGGGCGGCCUCGUGAUGAUGUCGGGCAUGUUCCCGCCGGCCAUCAUACUGGUGCAGUACCUGGGGUCCGGGCUGAUGGACAUCGUCUUCAACAGGCCCAUGGGCCGGCUACAAGAGAGCGAGGCCGACUACAUCGGGUUGAUGCUCAUGGCGGAGGCAUGCUACGACCCACGCGAGGCCGUGGCGUUCUGGCGGCGGAUGGACAUGGCGGCCAAGAGGGGCCACGCGGAGGAGGUGCCCGAGUUGCUCAGCACGCACCCUUCGACCGAACAUCGAAUCGAAAAGCACAAGGAGUGGAUGCCCAAGGCCAUCGAGAAGUGGGAGGCCAGCGACUGCAAGGGGACGGCCGGCUUCGCCAACAUGUUCCGGCGGGCGUUGGACCGGGGAAGCAUCAUUGUACAGUUCUAG